AACGAACAAAAAAGACGGGAGUUGGGGUCAAACGCAUCUGUCAUUUCCCUUCUCUCCCUAUCAAACCACACCAGAUGUCUUGAACAUGAAGGCAAGAACAGAACACCGCAGAUGCUCCACAGAGAGAGAGAGAGGUCAUCAAAUUCGCCAAAGCACCCGUUAGUGGAGAAUGAGUGGAGCCGCGGCUCUCCAUUCCUGCUUCACUUUCCUAGCCAUCAUCACCUUCUUCGCCGCCAGCGCCACCUCCUUGGACACCAUCGCCGCGAACGAAUCGAUCGCCAGCGACCAGACCCUCGCCUCCGCCAAUGACGUCUUCCAGCUCGGGUUCUUCACGCCGGACAACGCCAACUACUACGUGGGCAUCUGGUACAAGAACAUCCCGGACAGGACGUACGUCUGGGUGGCCAACAGGGACGGCCCCGUCGCCAACUCGUCCACUGUCGUGUUCAAGAUUGGGGACAAGGGCAACAACGUGGUCAUUCUUGAUCAGGCGAACAAGAACAUCCUCUGGUCGUCGAACCAAACCAGGGCCAAUUCGAGCCCGGUGAACCCUGUCGCGCAGCUCCUGGACAAUGGCAAUCUCGUCGUCAGAGAAGCGGGUGACGAGAGCAGCAGCGACUACCUAUGGCAGAGUUUCGAUUUUCCGACGGACACCCUCCUGCCCGAGAUGAAGCUAGGGUGGGACUUGACCCAGGGCCUCGACAGGUUCUUGAAUUCUUGGAAGACCCCGCAAGACCCGUCCUCAGGGGAUUUCUCUUUCAAAAUCGAUUACCACGGAUACCCAGAAGUUUUUCUCUGGGACAAGAGCACAAAGCUAUACCGGAGCGGCCCGUGGAACGGGAUUCGGUUCAGCGGGGUCCCGGAGAUGCAGUCCUCCAGCACCAUGGACUUCACCUUUGUCUCCGAUCAACAGCAAGUGUACUACUCCUUCGAGGUGAACACCCCGAACAUAAUCUCGAGGCUGACCGUGAACUCGACAGGGACCCUCCAGAGGUACACUUGGGUCGAGGACAGCAAGUCCUGGAGCAUGUUCUGGGAAGCCCCGAAAGACCAGUGCGACCACUUCAGGGUGUGCGGCCCUUACGGGUUCUGCGACACCAACGCCUCCCCGAUCUGCAACUGCACCACGGGGUUCAGCCCCAAGAACCUGCAGGCAUGGAACUUGAGAGACGGGUCGGCCGGGUGCGUGAGGAGGACCGAACUGGACUGCUCGAGCGACGGGUUCUUGCUAUUGAAGGGGAUGAAGCUGCCGGAGAGCAGCAACACGGUCGUGGACAUGGCGAUGAGCCUCGACGAUUGUCGGAAGGGCUGCGCCAAGAACUGCUCCUGCACCGGCUACUCGAGCGCGAACAUCAGCAAUGGCGAGGCGGGCUGCGUGAUGUGGUUCGGCGAUCUGUUGGACAUGAGGCAUUAUGUCGGGGGCGGGCAGGAUUUCUACGUCAAGCUAUCUGCUUCUGACAUCGUGGCUUUAGGCGGACUUGUCACUCAAAAUAGUUCGAGCAACGGACUCGGAACAUUAGCAAUAGUCGGCAUUGCUGCUGGUGGCAGCGUUCUGUUGUUAACACUCACCGCCUUCCUCAUGUGGAAGAGGAAGACUUCGCUGAAUCCACACAUAAGAAACACCGAACCGCAAGGAGCUCGUGAGAGAAGCCAAGAUUUUCUGUUAAAUGAAGUAGUCAUCUCGAGUAAGAGAGAAUAUUCGAGGGAAAACAAGCCGGAGGAGCUAGAGUUACCAUUGUUCGCUUUCAACGCGAUUGCUUUGGCGACCAAGAACUUCAGCGACGAAAACAAGCUUGGGCAAGGCGGUUUUGGCUGUGUUUACGAGUGUAGGAUUGAAGAAGGCCCAGUAGUGGCGGUCAAAAGGCUCUCGAAGAAUUCCGGGCAAGGAAUGGAAGAAUUCAAGAACGAGGUUCAAUUGAUUGCUCGGCUUCAACACCGAAAUCUCGUGCGACUUAUUGGCUGCUGUGUCGAGAUGGACGAGAAGAUCCUAAUCUACGAGUACAUGGAGCAUAAGAGUCUGGAUUCAGUUCUAUUUAGUAAAACCAAGAGCUCCAUGUUAAAUUGGGAGCGGCGGUUUAACAUCAUUUGCGGGAUUGCUCGAGGUCUUCUUUAUCUUCAUCGGGACUCCAGAUUCAGAAUCAUACAUAGGGAUCUCAAAGCAAGCAACAUCUUGCUCGACGGGGAGUUGAACCCCAAAAUCUCAGACUUUGGCAUGGCUAGGAUUUUUGGCAGAGAUCAGGUCGAGGCGAAUACAAAGAGAGUUGUUGGCACAUAUGGGUACAUGGCCCCGGAAUAUGCCAUGGACGGACAAUUUUCAGAGAAGUCUGAUGUGUUCAGCUUUGGCGUGUUGGUCUUGGAGAUUAUAAGUGGUAAAAAGAACAGGGGAUUCUAUUAUGCGAACAACGAACUGAAUCUUCUUGGACAUUCAUGGAAGUUGUGGAAAGAAGGGAAGGGCUUGGAGCUACUGGAUACAGCAGUGGGAGAUGCAUACUCGAUGAAUGAAGUACUGAGAUGCAUCCAGGUCGCUUUGUGCGUCCAAGAGCAUGCAGAUGAUAGGCCGGUCAUGUCGUCUGAGGUCUUGAUGCUGAGCAGCGAAAACCCAACGAUGCCACACCCUAAAAAUCCCGGCUUUUGCUUAGGAAGGGCUAUAGAGACGGAUUCAUCAUCAAGCAAGCAUGACGGGACAUGCACUGUGAACCAAGUUACAGUGACAAUGCUUGAUGCCAGAUAGAGAUCAUUGUGAUACCCCGAUCCAAUACAUUUGUACAUCUGAAACUCCAGAGAUUUCUGUUCAUAUAAAUGUUUUCUCAGUCCGUCCUUCUGCUCAAUUUUUUUUUUUUUUUUAUUUAGUAUACUUUGAUUUUCAAAAAUUUCUUUUGUAUUUGUUGUUGGGGAGAGAGGAGGGGGUUUUGCCAAUUUUGGUCCAGACAUGAAGUUCAUUGGUCUAUAUGUGUCAGAAGAACAAGUCUUUGACAUUGACACAAUACAACUCAAAACAGUGACUAGCUAUGUGAUGAAGUUCACAGAAACCAGAGACAUUGUUGCAAUUGCAACUGUAAUUCAAUGCUGAAGUAAUCGAUUAUGCUCUGUCCAUCAUGA